GGAAAUUCGCUUCAGCGAUAUGGUGACGGCGGGGGAUCGCGUGUUGUUGAGGUUGGGCUUGGAUGUGGAAGAACGAAUAAUCAAUGGGGACCUGAAGGCGAGAAGGAACGGUUGAUUACACUACUGUACAGACUGAUACGAUGCCGACAGGAUGAUGACGGAUCCGAAAACUGGUUGAAUGCCGUGUCCAGGCAAAUGAUGGUUAGCAUGGCGGCCGACAGUAGCAUGGCCGUCGGGUGGCAUGUGAUCGAUACACUGAAUGACCCCCCAGGCGGUGUUUCGACUGCGAACAUUCCGAGGCCAAAAGUCUCCAGUGAGCCAAUGAGAGGCGGUCAUUCCACCAGCAAAGAGCAACGUCAUCACCUGCAUCGGUUUCAAAGUCCCACUGUUGUCCUGGGGAAAGCUGGGGAAGCCCUCUGGACUCCUGGAGCACGGGCCAUCUCCCCGGGUUCUCCAUUGUCCAGGCACGAGCUGUCAAAGGUUCGUCGGCAAUCUUCGCCCUGUGUUGAGUUUCUCCUAAUCUGGUUCUCCUGUCUUCUCCCACUUGUCACUUGAAAUGAACUUUUCUGCCAGAGAGUGGGUGUUGCAACAAAACAACAAGCUCACACCCACGGUUAGUUAGGUCCGAUAUAUCAAAGAGUCCAUCUUGACAAAUUCGCUCCAACAUC